CACAGCUGUCAGCAAAGAUGGCUGCGUCCUGCGUGCGGACCGUUGGUUCGUUUCUCGGAAAAUGUGGGAAUAGCAGUUCGAGUUUAAACUUAAUAACGUCACAUUUAAGCCGACAGGUCUACAGCAGGCACAUAUGUGUGAGCUCUGCCCUCCACAGAAAGAACCUGUCAGCACCGGAGAAAUUCACGACGGAGUACUUCCAGAAGCAGGUGGAGGAGUACGACGUUGGGAGAAGACACCUGGCUAACAUGAUGGGAGAAGACCCUGAGAACUUCACCCAGGAGGACGUCGAUAGGAGCAUCACCUACCUGUUCCCCUCCAGCCUGUUUGAUAAGAGAGCCCGCCCCCUCAUGAAGCAUCCUGAGGAAAUUUUUCCAAAGCAGAGAGCGGUCCAGUGGGGAGAGGACGGCCGGCCGUUCCACUUCCUGUUCUACACGGGCAAACAGGCGUACUACUCCCUGAUGCAUGAAGCGUACAGUAAAAUCCUGAACAUUGAGAAGUACCAGGAUCGUCUAAGAGCGAAGGGGCUCUUCAGCAAAGACGCCAAACAAAUCAUUCUCGGAGCAAGUCACUGGCUCAAAAAGGAGGAACUUGAAGCUCUGCUGGUUGAGCCGAUGUCUCCUGAAGAUUACAAACGCUUCGUCCAGCUGAUGGAGCGUCUGCUGUCCAUGCCUUACUGCGCCAUAGAGGAGGAGUUCAUCCUGCGUUACCGACGGCAGCUGGAGGCUAUGUCCAGGAGGGAGAUGAUGCCGCCGCUGCAGAAAGACGAAAGAGGCGUGGCCUUCUGUACAGCAGAAGGCCGAAGAAAGACGUCACACGCCUCCGUCGUUCUCAGAGACUGCGGCUCUGGACGAGUCAGCAUCAACGGUCAGGACUACCUUCACUUCCUCCACACCUUACAGGACAGAGAGCAGCUGAUGUUCCCGCUGCAGUUCAACGGCGUGCUGGGGCGCUUCGACAUGGAGUGCACCGUCAGCGGGGGAGGGCGGUCGAGCCAGGUGGGGGCGCUGCGUCUCGCUGUGUCCAAAGCGCUGACGAGCUUCCUGUCCGAGAGGGAGGUGGAGGCCAUGAGACAAGCUGGUUUGUUAACUCAAGACCCCCGAGUGAGGGAGAGGAAGAAGCCUGGGCAGGAGGGCGCAAGAAAGAAAUUCACCUGGAAGAAACGCUGAGGAGGAAACGUCAUCUUUCUUUAACUGAAAACUUUAAGACUGGAGUCUGAAGAGAUUCCUCGUCUUUGUCCUCUGAUAUCGUCUGGAUGAACUAACAGGCUGCAGCUCACAGUCAGCAUGCUGCAGUACGGCUGUUCAGCCAGCAGAGGGCAGCAUGUGUGAGGAAAUAAAUGGCAGUAUUGGAAAUAUUUAUCAUGACCCUAAAGAAUAAAGAUUUUUUUUCUGUU